AAUCUGGCAACACUGAGUCCUCCAGUGUUGUUUACUUGACUCCAGCGUGUGUGUGCGUGUGUGUGCGGACCGAGGGGCGGAAGCUGUCUCCGUCAACCAUGGCCGCCCUGCUCAAGAAGAGGGCCCUGGCCGAGUACUGUCAGACUGUGGUGGAGGAAGCGCCCAAACCAGCCAAGCGUCUCCAUCUUGUUCGCCGUAGUAAAACAGUGGACCACAGUGACUUCAGCACUUCAUCCUUGGACACUGUGGACCCUCAGCAGCUUCUUCCUGCUCUUGUCAACCUUCAUAGUUCCCUGCCAGUAACUGAGGUAACUAUGCAAAGGAUGGGUCUGAUGGUUGGCUUUAUGGGUGAUUCCCAGAGUGAAGUGGUCCAGGAGUUGAUGAAGUUGCUGCUUAAUGACAGCCUCCCGCCCAUCAUCACAACCAAGGUCCUCUCCCUCCUUGCCAACAUCAUCACCACACACACACAGGCCCAGCCAGUGUUUGAAGAGGUGAUGAGGGUUGCCCAGAGGACCAAGUCGAAGAAGGUGCUGGCUCAGGUGGUGCACUCAGCGUGUGCCCUGGCCCAGUGUGUUCCUCCUGACCCCAAGCUACAGGACCAAGUGAUCCAGUUGGCUCUCUCCCACAUCACCACCACCAAAUUCAUUAUUCUAGUGCGUUGCCUUGAGGCAGUGGGAACCUUGUGUCCAGUGGAGGCAGGCCGUAUCCAGUCAUCAAUCAUGAACACCCUCAUUGACCACACUUCCCAUCAGGACAACAGAGUCAGGACAGCUGCCUUCAAUGCGCUGAUGGUUGUGCAGGAGAAGGGAGUGAAGCUGCCUGCAGAAGUAUAUGACAGUGCUUGCAAAGCUCUGAGUGAUGAUUACCAAAGUGUACGAGCAGCUGCACUCCUCCUCAUCAAGGUGGCUGCUGAGAGUGAUCCUGAACGUUUGGUGCCUAUUCCUGACAGUGACCUGCACAUGAGACUGGUGGACCAUGCCUUCUCACAGAUCUGUAAUGUUGUGAAUGACAUCAAUGUAAGAGUGAGGACUCAGGCAGCUUCCCUCCUUGGCUCCAUGGCAGGCAUAUCAGAGAAAUUUCUACAGCAAACCCUAGACAAGAAGCUGAUGUCUAAUAUGAGGAGGAAGCGGUCAGCUCACGAGAGGGCCCUGGCAAUGUUGUCCUCAGGGGAGUGGUCAUCAGGGAAGCGGUGGGCAGAUGAUGCACCCAAGGAGCAAGUGGAGGCUGACUCGGUAUCCAUUAUCAGCACUGGCUCCUGUGGUGCCAAUGUUCAUGGCCUUGAAGAUGAAUUCCUAGAGGUUCGCAAUGCAGCUCUUGAUGCGAUAUGCUCCUUGGCCCUGAAUAAUGCACAGUUUGCCAACCAGUCAUUGGACUUCCUUGUUGAUAUGUUCAAUGAUGAGAUUGAAGAAGUUCGCCUGAAGGCCAUACAGACCGUCUCAUUUGGCCACACUCCCAACACCACAACACUACCCCAAUAGAGGCCCUAUCUGAAGAGCUACCCUCUGAAACAGACUGACGUAGGUCGUGCGCUUUCUAUCCCUGUUGCCUGGCGGCUGCCAGGAUGCGUGUCCGAAAUUCAGACGCUGCACAGGUUAUCGCAUUUUCUUUUCUUUUAAGGUGCUGCCUGUAGCACCAGUAGGCUUUCUUGAGGGGUCUCUUUAGUGACCACAGCCCGUUAGUGGCACAGGUGAAUUUCAUAGUGUCUGCCAUGAUAUUACUCUUGCUUGACCCAUGCUGACCUCCAGUGCUCCUCUUGAUCAAAGUCAUUGAAGUUAAGGUUAAUUUAAGAUCUGGGCAGCAUGUGGGUAAUCUUCCACCACUUGGCAUGGUUUGAAAAACACGUGUGUUUCGGAGGGACUUGAAUCUAGGUCCACGGGCUCACCACGCCUGCACGCUGACCACUCGGCCACCGCAUUCCCAGUACGUAUGGUGAAAGGGAGCCUGAUGUAUGGUUGAGAUGUUGCUGAUAUUGUCGCAGUGACUUUGUGUCAAACUGGUGACUGCUCCGUGAGACUGAUUUGAUAUAUGUUAACUGCAUUUUUUUUUUACACAGCAAGGGAGGCAGCUCAAGGGCAAUAAACAAAAAACAACAACAAAAAAAGCCCACUUGAUGAUGCUCCAACAAAAGAAAAUAGAACGAGAGGCCAAAAGAGAAGUCAAUUUUACAUGGAGAGGUGUCUUGAUACUCUUGUUUUGAAAGAGUUCAAGUUGUAGGCAGGAGGAAAUACAGACAAAGGAAGGUUGUUCCAGAGUUUACAAGCAGAAGGGAUUAAAGAAUGAAGAUGCUGGUCAACUUUUGUAUAAGGGAUUUGGACAGUAUAGGGAUGAGCAAGAGUAGAAAGUCAUGUACAGUGGGGCUGUGGGAGAGGGGGAGACAUGCAGUUAGCAUAGUUUGUCAAUCCAACUCCAGCUAUAUGGGCAUGUGGCAUGCUACCCAAAAGUCAACCCUGCUUAGCGGGUUGUAUCUGUAAAAGAUGACCCUGAGUGGAGGAGCCCAAGGGGCUGCCCAAAAAGUUUGUGGCUUGAGCAAGUUGAUAGAUCCAGCCAGGAGGUACUUAGGAUGGGGAAGGGGGCCUGCAUAGAAAUUUGCCUGGAGAAACCCCUAGUGUCGUAUGAUGGGCAAGGCAUUGUGCCCCCCACCAUAUUCCCCCGCUGAUUGAUUGAUUGAAUGAAUUGAAACUCAAUCUU